GCACGAGUGUAUGUAUUUGUUUUUUCGGAUUUGUGUGUCAAAAUCUAGUCCGAUCAAAGCGACAGUGAAAGUCUUAUUUUACACGUUUUGUUCCCAGAAGAGAAAUAUUGUCAUGUUCAGACAAGACAACCUGAUGUUGUAGAUUCACCUGAGAUUUUUACACCACGCUACGCAUACCCCCCCGCGCUAUCCUCACUUUAAUCUGAACUGGUAAAACGUGUAGCCCACUGGUAUGCCUGUAUAGCUUCAUUACAACAGUAGAGGGCGUGUAUUCUAGUCGGAAUUUUUAGCCAAGUGUGCGCAGUGAAGGAGAACGAUUAAGUCAGCAGAGAACGAUACACAAGACAGUUUGUGUGACUCUUUGGAUUUCUGGAUUCUCUAUUUUACCGGUAAUUCAACGGAAUUGUCUAAUAUAGCAGGUGAAAUCUAGGUCCUUCUCUACCAGCGAAACAUCUACCGCCAGGUAACAGUGGACGCCACACAGAAGUGGUUCCUUCUCGGAAGUACCCUGUGACAAGACUUGGUGCUGAGACACCGCCAAUACCCCCCGCGAUCCCCACUGAGAGUCCAGUCCGACCAUGGCUAGCGCCCUGCACUGCAUCGCCUUCUUCUUCCUGCUCCUCACAUUCCUUGCCGUUGCUGUUGCCUUCUCAUGUCCAGAGUGGUUGCUGGAUCAACGAAUUCUCAUUUCAAGAGACUCAUUUUAUACAAAGGGACUAUGGUUGCGCUGUCAACGACCAAGCUCAGAUUUCCGCUAUGGAAACUGCGAAUGGCUUUUUGCCGAUAACUUCCGAAUCCAGAAGGAUGAGCCAGUGUGGUUCUUGGCGGUACAGAUUCUGUUUUCGCUCGCCUUGGCUAUCUCCGCUCUUGCUGUGAUCUUUGGCAGCUGUGCAGCGAUCUGUGGUAAACGAUGCCGGGGAUUCUCUGUUACCUGCGGUUUCCUCAACCUCACUUUCCUACUGUUGGUUGCCGCCGUAGCCUUGUUUUGGGCGGAGACUUACGUGAAGUUACAGGCCCGGCCGUCGGGGGAUGGGCUCGUCAUGGGCUGGUCAUUUUGGGUGGCCGUUGGAUCCACGGGCACCUGCCUUAUUUCCACCAUAUUGUACUACUUCCUGAGUAGGCGAGAUUACCACACCGGCUAUUGAGAAUUCCAAACCCAAAGAUGACAUUAUUGUCUGAAUAGCUGGGAGCAGAACCUCCCCAGUUCUAAGCGAACUUUCUGUCAUUGCAAGAACAUGGUGUUUCUGGUAUUUGUCCAGAUAACAUUGACAGACUCUUGGUCCUAAGGUUUGAAUCAUUAUAUCUGGUACGAAUUUGUUUUUAUCAACACGGAAAUGGAUUAAAGGGAAAAGAAAUCGUUUUGGGAGAUAGGAGUUGCCCGGGUAAAGCAGCUGUGUUACUCACGCUUGGGUGCGCUAUAAACUAGCAUGCUGAUUGAAUAUACAGCACUAAUGACCCAGUUUACCAAUGGCAUGCAUAUCUCAUUCAACAAUUAUCUUCGAUUCCUUUUCUCUUUAAUACUAAUAUUUUUUAUUCAUACAUUUGCGUAUUUUACGUCCUAUAGGAGCCCGAUUGAUCAAAUUGGUAACUUUGACACAAAUAUCAAUGUUAUUUUUAUCUAUAUAAUUGUAUGUGUUUGUGAUUUGAAUAUCUUGAUCCUGAUGUUUUAAGUAAAGGUUUUCUAUAUAUUCUUCCUGAUGUUAUUCUUGGCAAAUGUUGCUAGUCACUCCGGAUUUUUCCUGGGAGGUACAUGUAAUAUCAAUCGUGGAUCAUCUGUUCAUUCCAAGUGCAUGUGUGUAAAUACGGUUCUGUAACUAUUAUAUAUACAUGUACAAUUCUGGAUGCUUACUUUUAGGGCUUGUAAUAACCUGUUACUAUAUACCCGAACUUUCGCCGGCUUACUUACAGCUACAGUCAGUAUGCUUUCUCUUCAGUCUGUAUGCUUGCUCUUUAGUCUUUAUGCUUGCUCUUCAGUCUAUUUGUUUGCUCUUUAGCCUUUAUGCUUGUUCUUCAGACUGUAUGCGUGCUGCCCAGUUUGUAUGUUUACUUUCCAGUCAGUAUGCUUGCUCCUCAGUCUGCAUGUUUGCUCCUCGGCCUGCAUGUUUGCUCUUCUGUCUGUAUGUUUACUCUUCAGUCAGUAUGCUUUCUCCUCAGUCUGUAUGCUUGCUCUUCAGUCUGUAUGUUUACUCUCCAGUCUGCAUGCUUGCUCUUUAGUCUGUAUGCUUGCUCUUCAGUCUCUAUGUUUGCUUUUCGGUCAGUAUGCGUGCUCCUCAGUCUGUAUGUUUGCUCCUCAGUCUGUAUUCUUGCUCUUCAGUCUGUAUGGUUGGUUAGCGCGCUAGCACAGCUUGAUGGCCCAGCAGUCUCUCACCAAUGCGGUCGCUGUGAGUUCAAGUCCAGCUCAUGAUGGCUUCCUCUCCGACCGUACGUGGGAAGGUCUGCCAGCAGCCUGCGGAAGGUCAUGAGUUUACCCCGGGCUCUGCCCGGUUUCCACCCAUCAUAAUGCUGGCCGCCGUGGUAUAAGUGAAAUAUUCUUGAGUGCGGCGUAAAACACCAAUCAAAUAAAUAAAUAAAUUCAGUCUGUAUAUUUGCUCUUCGGCAUGUAUGUUUGCUCCUCAACCUGUAUGUUUGCUCCUCAACCUGUAUGUUUGCUCUUCAGUCUGUAUGUUUGCUCUUCAGUCUGUAUGUUUGCUCCUCAGUCUGUAUGUUUGCUCCUCAGUCUGUGUGCUUGCUCUUCAGUCUGUAUGUUUGCUCCUCAGUCUGUGUGUUUGCUCCUCAGUCUGUAUGUUUGCUCCUCAGUUUGUGUGUUUGCUCCUCAGUCUGUAUGUUUGCUCCUCAGUCUGUGUGUUUGCUCUUCAGUCUGUAUGUUUGCUCCUCAGUCUGUGUGUUUGCCCUUCCGUCUGUAUAAUUGCUCUUUGGUCUCUAUCCUUGCGUUUGUUCAGCCGAAUGAAGCGGGCUCACCUGAACAGAGGUCGUCUUAAGUUAGUGAUGCAUCUGGUUUUUUGCCACACUCAUAGUUACCAGUGAACGUCAAAUUUCAGACGUUUGUGAUUAUUAUUACUGCAGAAUGCUAUGUGGUAAUUUCUGUAAAUACUCGGGGAAUGUUGACACUCUCUAUCGCAGGGUAUAAAAUCAAUCUAAAUAGCAGUAUUUGCCUACUUAUUUUUAUAUACAAUAUUCAGUUAGUUUACGAUUAUAUUUCUUGCCAAAUUUGUAUGUUUGUGUAAAUGUCUAAAAUUUUCAAGAGAUUGCCCACAGAUUGAGACUAUGCAAAAUUGUGCAUUUUUCAUAGUCAGUUGGCGAUGUGUAAUACCGUAGGUCUUUGUCCCAUGUCACGAAGUACAAUAUGAAGUCGUAUGGACUGAUCUGUACCUCCAGUGGCAGUCACCUAUACGAGUGGUGAUUCUCCACUUCAAAACAAAGCAGUUCACUCCCUCGCCCAGCCUGUGAGAAUAAAGAAGAACACAGGAUUAAAAAAUAAGAUCUUAGUCGGGAUUCUGAUUCCGUCCGAACAAUGUCACGAUCACGACGCGUUAUGAAUUUUCAUAACUUACUGCAUGUGGAGAUACAUAUCUUCACUGUUAUGUAAAACAAACGCAUGCUCGUGACUUUGGAAGACCCAGUGUUCACGAUCGACCACGACAACGUCCCAUCGACGCACAUUGCUGGAACGAUCGGGGCAGUUUGGAUUGUCACGCCGUCGUGUACAACAACUAUCUUGUAUAGCUCGGGUGCUUCAUGGAUGUGGGGAGAUGAAACGCAACUCCAGAGAUGUGAGGACCUGUCAGCUGAGGAGGAAAUGUAGCUCCGGCCUUUACCCAGACGUCAAACCCUGAAUAUGUAAAAAUGUGUAUUCAUGGGAGAGAAUAAGUGUAGAGCAGGAAGCAGGAAGCUUUCGCUGGCGACGUAGUGGGGCGAUUAUCUCGCGAUGUGUGUCGAUUGAUUUAGAGGAAAGGGGAUUAUCUCGCGAUGUGUGCAGAUUGAUGUAGGGGAGGGGCGAUGAUAUCUCGAUGUGU